AUGCUUGCGUCCAGCAUUGUAGGUGCUCAAAGCGUCUCGAGCGAGAAGCAAGUCCAGCAACGAGGCCAAGAACAGCUCGACGCAGUGCGCGAGGAGCAGGAUCGAGUGAGAGAGUCUACUUUCGACUGGGCUGUGCUACUGGACGUACUGAGCCAUUUGGUCGUGCACUCGCUGCUGGGCUCGUUCCAUGCGUUCGCCCCGCUCUCACAGCGCCUGAGCGCGGAGACGCAGCAGAGCAUGGACGCCAUCUUCGGUGACCAGUAUCGCGCGGUGCUACAGCGCGGGGAACUCCUGGAGAUCGAUGAGGCGGCGCUGCAGCCCAACUCGCGCUUUCGGUCCUGGGCUGCGAUGGUCGAGUGGAGCAACGUUCGUCCCAUUGAGAACACGCGGCAAGACGUCCGCCAGCCCCGGAUGAAAACUGUGAGCGCGCGUUUGAAGACAUCGCGCGUGACGCGUCCACAGGAGCGCGCCCUCGAGCAGGAGAAGUCCCAGCUAAAGAACGAGCUGGAGCUGCUCGAGGGCGAGGAUGCGUUGCUCAUCAGAAACCUGUGA